AUUUGGGGGAUUUCGUUUUGUAACCACCUUACCUGACUUUGAAUAGCGCGCGAUUGAGGUUAUGUUGUGAAACUUGAGUGGUAUUUAUUUAAAAUUUUAACAAAUAAAAUGGAAGAUAUCAACGAAGUGGAUAUAGAAGAGAUUGAGACUGAGAGGCAGCCCGUUACCGAAACGCCAGAAUUCGUAGAAUUAACCACAACAUCCCCCGAAAAACCCAAAUUAGUGAAACUACCCCUAGCUAGAAUUAAACACAUUAUGAAAAUGGACCCAGACUGUAAUUUAGUGAGUCAAGAUGCCCUAUUUCUCGUGACCAAAUCAACGGAGAUGUUUCUGGAGCACCUUGCUAAAGAGUCUGGCAAGUUUAUGGGGAUGGGGAAAAGGAAAACUGUACAGAAGCGAGACGUCGAUGCCGCAAUUGAUAAUAUACCUAGUCUUUGUUUCCUUGAUGGUGCCUUGGAAUAAAAUACUUUUAAGAUUA